GCUUUUCCGACGGGAUACAAUAACAACUUGUAACCUGCACGGUUGUUAUUCGAGAUCUGCAGCGUCAAAGAAGAACCACACUAGAACCUGGACAGAUUAAACAACUCAAAAUCUGUCAGACCAUCGGAGAAGUGAACUCGAACGAGACUGAGAGAAAACGGAGCCUUUGUUUUCAGAAGCAGCAGGGAGGCGAACCGGAGGAAAGAUGAUGAGUUUUCUGCCAUACUUCUCCGCUGAGACCUGGACCCUCCUGGCCCUCCUCAUCACCCUCAUUGUAGUGUACGGGUACUGGCCCUAUGGUGUAUUCACUAAGAUGGGUAUCCCUGGUCCCAAACCCCUACCUUACUUUGGCACAAUGAUGGAGUAUAAAAAGGGCUUCACUAACUUUGAUACAGAGUGCUUUCAGAAGUAUGGGAGAAUCUGGGGGAUCUAUGAUGGGAGGCAGCCUGUUCUGUGUAUCAUGGACAAAAGCAUGAUCAAGACCGUCCUGAUUAAAGAGUGUUACAACAUCUUCACCAACCGCAGGAACUUCCAUCUGAAUGGUGAGCUGUUUGACGCGGUGUCCGUUGCCGAGGACGAUUCAUGGAGACGGAUCCGUAGUGUCCUCUCACCUUCCUUUACCUCUGGACGACUAAAGGAGAUGUUUGGUAUCAUGAAGCAGCACUCUGCUAACCUGCUGAAUGGAAUGAAGAAGCAGGCAGAUAAAGACCAGACCAUCGAAGUGAAGGAGUUCUUUGGGCCCUACAGUAUGGACGUGGUCACCAGCACAGCCUUCAGUGUGGACAUUGACUCUCUGAACAACCCUUCAGACCCCUUUGUCUCCAACGUCAAGAAGAUGCUCAAGUUCGACCUGUUCAACCCACUGUUCCUCCUAGUCGCUUUCUUUCCCUUCACAGGUCCUAUCUUGGAGAAGAUGAAGUUUUCUUUCUUCCCGGCUGCGGUGACAGACUUCUUUUAUGCCUCGCUGGCUAAGAUCAAAUCUGGACGUGACUCUGGGAUCUCAACCAAUCGGGUGGAUUUCUUACAGCUGAUGAUCGACUCUCAGAAAGGCAACGACACAAAGACAGGAGAGGAACAGUCUAAAGGACUGACUGAUCAUGAGAUCUUGUCUCAGGCCAUGAUCUUCAUCUUCGCCGGCUACGAGACCAGCAGCAGUACAAUGAGUUUCCUGGCCUAUAACCUGGCAACCAACCCCCAUGUCAUGACCAAACUGCAGGAGGAGAUAGAUACUGUGUUCCCCAACAAGGCUCCAAUCCAGUACGAAGCUCUGAUGCAGAUGGACUAUUUGGACUGUGUUUUGAACGAGUCUCUGAGACUGUACCCCAUCGCCCCGCGACUAGAGAGGGUCGCCAAGAAGACGGUGGAGAUCAAUGGCAUCAUCAUCCCCAAAGACUGCGUUGUCCUGGUUCCCACAUGGACCCUUCACCGUGACCCAGAGAUCUGGUCCGACCCUGAGGAGUUCAAACCAGAGAGGUUCAGUAAGGAGAACAAGGAGCCUAUUGAUCCAUACACGUACAUGCCGUUUGGGGCGGGGCCCAGGAACUGUAUCGGGAUGCGCUUCGCCCUGAUCAUGAUCAAACUGGCCAUGGUCGAGCUCCUCCAGAGUUUCACUUUCUCCGUCUGCGACGAGACCGAGAUCCCUCUGGAGAUGGACAACCAGGGUCUGCUGAUGCCAAAACGACCAAUCAAACUGAGGCUGGAGGCCCGUAGAAACACCCUGAGCAACACCACAGCUACCACUCUGAAGAGUCCAACAACGUGACCAAAUGCAGUAGCACCCUACCCUGGAGUACCUCUCUCUCUCUUCCCCCUCUCCCCCCCACACAAAAGGGCAGACAGAAAUACUCCUCUGCACGCACCCUCACCCCGCUAAUUCUGGGAUCUUUUAUUUCAGCUCAUGAAACAUUUUUGUUCAACAGCCUCUCUAUCUAUCUAUCUGUCUGUCUAUCUGUCUGUCUAUCUGUCUGUCUAUCUGUCUAUCUAUCUGUCUGUCUAUCUGUCUAUCUGUCUGUCUGUCGAUCGGCUACUGAAUAUUCAGGCCUUAUCCUAUAAGAUACUGAAUAUUCAGGCUGGGAUUCAAUAGGCUACUUAAUUAAUAUAAUAUGAUAUUAAGACUGCAUUCACAAUGAAUGAACUGACUGAACUGAACAAUCAGAAAUGACCUUUAAAAUGGCACAUAGCUGACAAAGCGCUGGGAUUGAAUCCUGGUCUCAGUCUCAUGCUUGGUUUGAGUAGGACUCAGAAACCCAUUUCCACCAGAUAACAGAGAGAUAGAAAUACUAUGGAUGCAUUAGAGGUACAUGUCUUGUUAAAGUUCAACACCAGGGGUAUUAAAUCCAUGGCAUGAUGUCAUGUCUGGAUCCUGCACACUGGUGGCUGGUGGCUGGAAUUCUCCUAGAAUGUAGAACCUUAGCUGGUGUUCUCUAGAACUGUACUCUCAUUCUGUUCCUCUGGGUGUUCUGCUGUCCAGUCAUUCCAAAAUAGAAUCUUUACUGUCUAAUCUAGAGGUACAUGUCUUGUUAAAGUUCAACACCAGGGGUAUUAAAUCCAUGGCAUGAUGUCAUGUCUGGAUCCUGCACACUGGUGGCUGGUGGCUGGAAUUCUCCUAGAAUGUAGAACCUUAGCUGGUGUUCUCUAGAACUGUACUCUCAUUCUGUUCCUCUGGGUGUUCUGCUGUCCAGUCAUUCCUAAAUAGAAUCUUUACUGUCUAAUCAUCACAAACCAAUAAAAUCAUCACACUAAUGAACAA